UUUUACUUCCCUUUCCCUUUUGUCGUGAAUAUUUUGAAAAACACACUGCAUUAUUCACUCUUCAACAUGGAGAACACGUUGAUGAUAUUGGUGGUAUUCUGUCUUUCUGUCCGUUCCAUCAGUAAAGGUUUAAUAGAGAUUACAGUGGAACCAUCUGAUGUGGUGGAGGGCGAACCAGUGACACUUACAUGUACUUCUAAUUCAUCUUGGUUUAGAUUUAUCAUAUGGUAUAGAAACGGUACGAGAGUCGCGAUAUGUCAUUAUACUGAUUGUAAAGAGUAUCCUUCUUAUUAUAACACCACGGUUAACCUUGUAAACAAAACAUCUAGUAUUUAUAUACAAAACGUAUCGAAAUCAAGAGAUAGUGGGACUUGGAUAUGUGACGAAAGAAGAUAUGACCUGGGUCAUGCCGAGAUCAAGUUAGAUGUUAAAGAACUUACUGGAAACUUGACAUUAAUUCGUCCAGAAAAUCCAAGAUUUAUUGCUGGUCAGCCCAAAGAUAUAACAUGUAAGACGGAAGUGACGUACCCUACAACCAACAUCACGUGGUACAUAGACACUGCAGAUAAUAGGCUAUAUGAAGAUAUAACAACGGAUAUUGAGGAUGGAGUAUCAACAAGCAGACUAAGACUAACACUGGACAAACAUCUGAAUAAUCACACUCUUUAUUGUUCGGCUUUUAAUGGUUAUGGCGAAGCUCAAACGGAUUUUCUCAAACUUGACGUAACGUAUCAACCAACAAUCCACAUUGUAACAGAAGCAACUUCCAUAACUAUUGCUGAAAAAACUUUCACAGUCAUUGCUGAAGGGGGACAACUCUUAUUGACAUGUUCCGUGCAAGACACCAACCCUCGAGUACCACCACAUGGUUAUACUUGGAGUAGAAAUGGUAUAAAGCUGACAGAUCAAACAUCAGAUAUAUUUAAAGUGGAUUCAACAUCGUCGCACGACAUUGGUAACUAUACUUGUACGGGUAACAAUGGUAUUGGGACAGGUAUAUCAUCACCUGUAAUGGUUUAUGUUAUUCCAUGUGUUUACGAAGAUAAGUCUGGAGUUGUUACUGGACUCGCCGUGGGUUUGACUUUGUUUAUGGUAUUGUCCAUUGUACUCUCCUUACUGGUCGCAUAUCUGAUAUUAACCAAUAGAAGGUCAACAACCAAAACUAACGAAUCCGAGGCAAUAAGCAGAAUCACACCUGUAACCGCUCCCAAUAAUAUAAUUAACGAAAGUUCAAAUUAUGAAGGAUUAGAGCUGGAUACCAGAGAUGACAAUCAGUAUACAAGUAUUAAUGUUGUCUCGGUUCCAGACUCGUCUCCUGAACGAGUACAAGAAUACGAUAACCAAGCUUCCGAUACUGCCGCUACCAAGGGAGAUAACUCACUUUAUGAGAACAUGGAGAGAACACAAGACUCAACGGAAUAAGAAUCAACAUUUGUCCUGAAACAGCAACCACACAUAAAUAGUUUAACUGUCUAAAGCAUAGAUGUAUAUUUUGGUGUUGGUGUAAAUUGUAAUACUAAUUAUAUUAAGUAAACCAAAGCGGAAAAUUAUAUACAUGUAUGCCGAGUGGAAUGGGUGGGUUUACUGUACAAUCGCAAAAGAGAGUGGAAUAUCACGUAGAAUUAUAAUGUUUCGCCUUUAUAGAAAACCUUUUAAAUAACAACCUCUGUUGUUGAGGUGUAACAAUAGCCCAUGGAAUUUGACCCUCGCGUACUAUAUAUACGUCACAUAUCAGUACCUUAUAAAAGUACUGGAUUUUAUUAUUAAUAGAUUAUUUUAAUUUAUGCAUAGUCGAACAACGUAGCCGUACUUUAAUCGGAUCUAAAUUAUUAGAACGUAUACGAAAACUGAUUCAGGACAAGUCACGCAAUCAAUUUUAUAUUUGGUACGUAGUUCAUUGAUUGUUUUAAUGUAAAUACCUAAGUAUUAGUUAUCUUUGUUGUAAAUUGGCUUUCAAAUGUGUGAUCAGACCUGAUUUCAUUUUUUUAAAAGUAACGUCCCCUUAUUUACUCUUUAAGGUCUUAAGGACCUCUUAAAGAUGCAUGCUGUAAGAGCUAAAUCGGCCUAUUACCUGUCUUUAUUCUGGCUUAAAAAGUUAUAUAAAAUAUUAUUCAGACUUUUACUCACAUGGAAAGCCUAUAAUCAACUCUUUAGGCUAUCGGGUGGUGGAGAAGUAAACGGAUUAAACCACGGUAGCCUUUAAUGAUUUAAUUUGAAAACGGUGAAUCGAGGCUAAGUCUCGAAUAACAUGUACCGUUGUUACUAUAAUAAACAAUAAAUGCCACAUCUUGUCAAAACUUGAAACAGUGAUAACUUCACUCAGAAUUAAGUAAUUUGAAUGAAACUUUCAAUAUAUUCAUUUUACAUUAUCUAUUUUUGAAGUAUUAUAGCGAGAACUGCAGCUCUUUAUCUAAAUCUUACAGAAUGCAUCUUUAAAGCAAGGACACUUUAAUUAUAGGUGUUUUUUUUAUUUUUAUUUUUAUUAUAGGCAUGUUUUUUUAUUUUUAUUUUUAUUAUAGGCAUGUUUUUUUUAUGUAAAUACCUUAAUUAAAUCAACCUGUCCAUAAUGUCAUGUAAAAUGUAUUGGACGUUAAAUUUGUAAUAAACAACAACCUGA